CUCCCCUAACGUAAAGCACUUUGGGUUCUUGUAGUGCUUCGUGCGGGAUCACUUAAUAUCAUACACUUCUAAUAAAAGUCCCCGAUGAAAAAAUCGGCACACUAUGCCUUAAUGGAGAAGGUGCCCUGAAAAUAUAGUGGCACAAGAUUCUCCAAUGCGAUCUCACAUUUUGAAGACUGUAUAAAAUCACUCGUAAUCUCUUGUUACAAUCUGGUUAUGUUUAUUGCAGAGGCAGAAUGAACAAUUUCACAGGAGCGGUCAAGUAGAUACGUUCGUUGCUAUGUAUGUGUUGGAGCGGAAGCCGUUUGCCAAAGCUUGAGGGAAAGGAGAAAGGGGAAAUGCACCAGCAUAGUAAUAAUAACUUUAGGCAGGAGGAAGGGCAGAGGAAGGGAGACGGAUGGAGAGCAGAGCAUCAAGUAGCAGCACCAGGAGGAGGAAUGGGCCUGGGCUUGGGUUUGGGCUAUGGUCCAAUGGGCGGGGCACAGUUUGGAUGGGGUUACGGCUACCCCAUGCCCCUUUUUACGGCAGCGGCAGGGGCAGGGGCAGUGUUGAGGGCGCCUGUGUGGGGACAGGGAAUGGGGAUGGCACGGCCAAGACCAACAUUUACAUUUGGUAUGCACUACAAUAACAACAGCAGCUACUCAAAAAGAGCACAAGGAGGCCCAGGGGCAACGCAGUCUCAUGACUACAGGCCAGGAGGAGGUUAUGGAGGCCGUCGUACAGGUAGUCAUGUGCGUGGACAUGGGCCGGGAUAUCGCCGUGAUUUAUUAACAAAGGAAGCUCUUGAUGCAGAUUUGGAUCGGUGGCGCAUGAAGGACAAAAAAUCUGUUGGAGAGUGCUUGGAUGCUGACCUUGAUGAGUACUGGCGGAAAAAAAUUGUUGGGUCUGAACAAUCCAAGUCUGAAUCCAAGGCUCCACCUUUGUUGGAAAAGAGAGAUUUAUUAGAUGGUCCAGUGACUGACGUGCCAAAAACAACAGAAGAAAAUGGGAGCAGUUUGAGACCAAGCAAGACAAUGAGGUGUAAAUAACUGAAGACUGCGAACUAGGAACAUAAUAAUUAAACAAUCUUUAUGUAUCAACCAAUUUCUUCUGCUAGCCUUUAUUUUCAUUGCGUUUAUUAUUUCAAUAACUUAUUUGAAUUGUUGAGAAGAUAGCUAGGUCUUAUGUUAUCUGUGGUAGAAUCAUAGUGGUUUAGACAUAACUAGAAUUGGCCUCAUGGACAGUGUCUUUGCAAAUGAUAAGUUGGUUGAAGUCUGGUCUCUCUGAUUUGAAAAAUGAAGGUUUUGUGUGCAAUACUGAUUUUUGUGGAAUAGAAGGCAGAUUUUUUUAUCAGGAUUA